AUGGAUUGGAAGACUCUCGAAUCCCUUCUCAGUGGUGCAAAUAAAUACUCCACGGGUUUUGGACGUAUCUGGCUGUCCCUGGUGUUCGUGUUCCGUGUCAUGGUGUUCGUGGUAGCUGCUGAGCGUGUGUGGAGUGAUGAUCAUAAAGAAUUUGACUGUGAUACCAAAAGGCCAGGCUGCCCCAAUGCCUGUUAUAACUACUGCUUUCCCAUUAUCCACACACGACUCUGGGCCCUGCAGCUCAUCUUUGUCACCUGCCCUUCCUUCCUGGUUGUUAUGCAUGUGUGGUACCGUGAAGAUCGCGAGCGCAAAUACCGACUCAUCCACGGCGAGAAGGCGAAGCUAUAUGAUAACCCUGGGCAGAAGCAUGGGGGUCUGUGGUGGACAUACCUCAUCAGCCUUUUCUUCAAGACAGGCAUUGAGGUGGGAUUCCUCUACCUGCUCCAUCUGCUCUACCACAACUUCGAUAUGCCCCGCAGCAUAGUCUGUGACAUUGAGCCCUGCAGGCAAGUGACAUGUUACAUAGCACGUCCCACGGAGAAGAGGGUCUUCACGUAUUUUAUGGUGGGGGCCUCAGUCAUCUGCAUAAUUCUAAAUGUGUCUGAGAUCUUCUACUUGAUUGCUAUGCGGAUCGUGCAUCUCACCCAGAAGGGCAGCCAUGUCCCUUCACGCAGGAGAUGUGGAGAGCCAGGAUGUGAUAGCUGUAAUGUAGUAAUGACCUCUGUAGAUUACAAACUAGCUAAUCCAGAAAAGGCAACAAAACAAUCUUAA